GAAAAAUAUAUAGCAUAUAGAAUUUGGUACUAUCUGCUGUUUUAGGCAUCCACUGGGGGUCUUGGAACAUCCUUCAUGGAUAAGGGGGCAACAGUACAUUUGUUUCCUUGCUUGGUUGUCAGCUUUGCAAGUUAUGACAUAAUACAGUACUGUUUUCUUUGGUAGCUGUUACUGAUUUUGUAAAAUUUAUUUUUACUCACUUUUCAGUUUAGAAAAGAAAUAUGAAGGGAAAAGUGGGUAAAAUGUGAAGGCAUUUGGUGCCUAUGGGGGAUGGUGGUGAGCACUGCUAAUUAGUGAAGAGGCAGGGAAUGAGAAAGAUGGAUGCUCUGUAGAUGAGCUUCUCUUCAGUCACAGUAUUGACAAGAUCCAGCUUUAGCUCCACAAGAAGUUGAGCACUCUUUUGAAAUGUGUAGAUCUGUCUUUGCAUGUUUUAUAAAUCUUCAUUGGCUGUGCUAUUAGCCAUAAAAGCUUCAUUUAGCUACAUAUUCUACGAAUCAUGCAGUAUUUGUACUCAGAACUCAAGCUGGUUGAUUCAAAUUUUCUACAGCUUAGACAAGGCAAAAAGUACAAAACAAUGAAAGAGAAUAUAUCUUUAUUUGCAUGGAUGCAAAUGUGUUUAAGUUUGCUUCAAAAUCAUCUAUGAAAUAUUUCUGCCGAUAGUGAGGACAUAAAUAUCUUAGCUAGUGCUCAACAGAGAAAUUGAAGAAAAAUAAAGAUUUCACCAGAACAGCCAUGUGAAGAUCGAUCAGCAAACUUUAGAGAUUUCUGCUUUGACAUUGAGCCAACAAUGAAAAAAGUAGAAAAAGGAAAAGGAAGAAGAAUUUCGUCGUGCACUAAAGAAUAUGAAUAGCAUUUUAGAGCAGUGAAUAACCAGCGGUGCCUUUAGACUUUGAACUUUCUCUGUUCUGACAUGGAAAGUGUCCUGCAGAGUAUCUUUACUCUUAUAAUAAUUGCAGAAUUCAUAAUUGGGAACUUGAGCAAUGGAUUCAUAGUACUCAUAAACUGCAUUGAAUGGGUCAGUAAAAGACAGUUGUCCCCAGUUGAUCACAUCCUCAUUAUCUUGGCAAUCUCCAGAAUUGGGCUGAUCUGGGAAACUUUAAUAAGUCAGUUUGUAUUUCUGCAUCAUCCAGCUACAUUUGUGACUGGAACAGGAUUAAGAACUAUUAUUUUUAGCUGGACAGUUUCUAAUCACUUCAGUCUCUGGCUUGCUACAAUCCUCAGCAUCUUUUAUUUGCUCAGAAUCGCCAGUUUCUCUAGCCCUGCUUUUCUCUAUUUGAAGUGGAGAGUAAAUAAAGUGAUUCUGAUGAUUCUGCUAGGAACUUUGGUCUUCUUAUUUUUAAAUCUGUUAAAAAUAAACAUUCAUUUUAAAGAAUGGCUGUAUCGAUGUGAAGGAAACACAUCUUGGAAUUUCAGUAUGAGUGACUUUGCAACACUUUCAGCGUCGGUCAAAUUCACUACGACUAUGUUCAGUCUAACACCAUUUACCGUGGCCCUCAUCUCUUUUCUCCUGUUGAUUUUCUCCCUGUGGAAACAUCUCCAGAAAAUGCAGCUGAAUUACAAAGGACAGAGAGACCCCAGGACCAAGGCCCACAUAAAUGCCUUGAAAAUUGUGAUCUCAUUCCUUUUACUCUAUGCCAGUUUCUGUCUAUCUAUACUCAUAUGGAUUUCUGACCUGUAUCAGAACAAACUGGUUGAGAUGCUUUUUCAGGCGAUUGGAGCUUUCUAUCCUUCAUGCCACUCCCUUCUUCUGAUUCUAGGAAACCCUAAGUUAAGACAGGCCUCUCUUUCGGUGGCAGCUAAGGUAUGGGCUAAAUGAUGAGGAACCCACAAUUUCAUAAGUCAUUCAGAUCAUACGUUAUUGUAU